UUAAAAAGAAAAAAGAGUGAUAAAAGAUUUGCCAUAUAUACGAAUAAAUAACAUUGUGCUGUGUUUACUGCAUAUCAAAGAUAAAAUUUGUCAAGGCACGCAGAAAAGGCGGCCUUGAAUUUAUAUGCAUGUACGAAACUACUGAAAACAUGGAUUUAACAUCUCAAAUGCAAGAUUUGUCUAAAGAGAUAAAGGAGAUGCGUGCCGACAUACAACAAAUAAAAGGUUUUAUGGACCACCAAAAUGAAGUAAUAGAUGAGUUAAUGAAAGGACAUCAGGAAAUGAUGAAACGUUUGGUAAAGCAAGAAGAAGAGGCGGAAGAAGAAAAGAAUAUCCAAAGACCUGUUUUUCCAUUAAUGACGCAAGAAGAUUUAGAUAAUGCUGAAGCUUUUAUUGGAAUGGACGAACGAAAGAAAGAAGAAAUGACCCGAUUUCUUAAACCACUUUUAAUGCCAAUUGGCCUCAAGCAAAAACUGGUGUACGUGCUAUCUGAAGAGAUUAUUUUGAGUUAUAACCUCGAGGGUACACACGGCAAAAAACGCAUGUUGCUAUAUCCAAAACUUUUAAGUGUGUUAUAUAGUGCCACAGACCGACCCGGCUGGUCGUAUAAAUUAUUUUUAGAUGAUUUACGUAGAGGUUUUCAAUUUGGCAAGAAGAAACACUUUCGAAAAAAGUGUGCUUCGAACAAAUUGAAUAAAACAACAAGAAAUCCACUGUCAAGCGGCCCAGAGGAUGACAAUAUGGAUUCAGACUACUAAAAUCCACUGGCUCAAAUAAAUAUGCAUGUAUUUUUAGGUUAUGUCUAAGCUUAGUUUAAGUUUGUACUUAAGUAAAAAAAAGAUAUGAUGAAUGUUUUAAUUAUUAUUAAAACGUAGGAAUUUUAAAUAAAUGUGUAUAUAUAAUUAAAAUAAUGUGAAAAAUUUUACUAUGACAUUAAAUAAAUUCCC